AUGCCCGACACCAUGGUAAUCCGCUACCAGAGUGCUUCCGCCCAGACCCCACCACUUCUACCCGCCCCUGAGCCCACUCCGGGUCGAGUCCUCCGGGAUGGCUCGUCUGCUGGCCCCCAGUCCAGCAAUAACCCUGUCCGCUUAGCCACAAUCCGUUGCCUUCAUGACCAGCAUCCAACUCUCGAGGAAGAGACAAUGGUUCGGUCGCUGCACCCUGCUCUGAAGCAUUGCGAUUGUGUUUCAGUAGUUGAGGGUGGUCCGGUGAGGAAACCAGUGUGGCUAGUCAAUGCCCGCGGCGCCCAGAAUAUCAACAACACACACGCCGCUGGCAGGGAAAUACAUGUCCUGCCGGCACAAACUCUACCACCCGUUUCACCCUUGGGUUUGUUAAUGCGUCCUGUCAAUAUCGAGCGUAUCAACCCCCGGUCUUUUCUCGAACCCCAGAAAGUCACCUUAAUUCGCGAAGCCUUCCCAGGUUCCAUCGGAGCACAAAUACUCAUCACUGGUUGGCUAUUGAUUUUGUUUCCGGAGAAGAAGUCGCUAAAGACAUGCUGGGAUAAGGGUGUCACGGAUGAGGUCGGUGGUUUACGGGUCGGAUAUAUCAUAGCAUCAUUCCAUGCGACAGCUAAUAUCGUCGAGUCCGGUCGAGCGGUUAGCAGUGCGCCAGGAACCCUUGCCCAGCAGGCGGCACUCGGCCUACGAUUACGGCUCCCAGGUGGCCAAGAGGCAAUCACAACAGUGACGCAUGCGUUUGUCCGUCUUGCCGAUUCCAGAAUGUCAAGAAUAAGGAAACGUUUCACAGAGUAUAUCUUGACGGCGAAAGAUUACCUUAAGCGGAUACAACCACCGCCGCGGCAGGUACCACAGGCUAAUGAUAUGUAUUGUCGGGGGCGACGAUGA